CGAGUGUCAUUCUUGGUUUUGCGAACAACAUCACGAUCGACCCUGAGCCUUGUCUUGGCAGUCUCAUCCACACUCAUCUCCGCCUUCCCCGGCUGGGAGCUUAACUUUCUCGGGUUUAGGGGUCCUGCAUGUAGGGUUACAUUGUCACAUUCUCCUGCGCUCAGCCUCUGGACCUGAGUCAGUCGACCUCGACCCCGUCCAGAGUCAACUGAACAUAUCCCGACAAUCUCGACAAAAACACCGCCCCGCGGAUGAAAUUUCUCCUUGCGAUAUUGACCAUGAACUCGACAUUCGAAACUCUCCCCAAGCUCAGUUGCAACAAGUACACAGUGGGCUGGCUCUGCGUACUAAAUUAUGAGUACGAUGCCGCUAGAGCUCUUCUCGACGCAGAACACCAGGCCCCAUCUUGUCCUCCGGGCGAUCCUAAUAUCUAUACCCUCGGGCGCAUCGGGGAGCACAACGUCGUCAUAGCCCAAAUUACUCGAUCGGGAACGACCAAUGCUUCGACCGAUGUCACCAACAUGCUUCGAACCUUCCGGGAAAUCCGCUUCGGGUUGAUGGUGGGUAUUGGCGGUGGUGCUUUGGAUGCCAAGUCAGACGACCCGGGAGAACAGACGACGGACAUCCAUCUUGGUGAUGUCGUCGUGAGCAAACCCGAAGGGUCUGAAAGUGGGGUCGUGCAGUACGACCUGGGUAAGCAAGAACCCGAAGGAUUCAAGAUUCGCAACCACCUGAACAGCCCUGGCACCCUACUCUUGAAUGCUGCCAACAGACUCUCCGGGGAUCACAGGUUUCAUGGAGGAAAUAUGUCAAGGUAUAUCAAAGAAGCGCAGUCGAAGCUCGAAGACCUACGCAUGAACUAUUUUCAUUUCCCGGGCCGGGAUCAUGAUUUGUUGUUUUCUCCGGAAUACCGUCAUCCUAAAACGCAAGAGCGACACUGCCGAGACUGUGAUAGAGCCCAGGUGAUUCCUCGGCGGUUGAGGCCGCAGAAUGGCCCUGUCGUUCAUUAUGGGCUCAUCGCGUCCGGCAACACUCUCCAUCGGGAUCCUCACAUCCGUGACAAGAUGCGGAAAGACCUCAAUGUCUUAUGUUUUGAAAUGGAGGCAGCCGGCUUAAUGAACAAUUUCCAGUGCCUUGUUAUUAGAGGCAUUUCGGACUACGCUGAUACCCAUAAAAUUGACCUGUGGCAGCCGUAUGCGGCGCUUACAGCAGCUGCUUAUGCCAAAGACCUGCUGGACCGAAUUCAGGCUCAGGAGGUUGAGCGGGAAGAAAUGGCCUCAAAGUUAAUUCUCAAGGUUGACCAGAUAAAGCAAAACAUUGAUGAUAGUUACUAUGAGAAUGUUUUGGGUUGGCUCACUCGCCUAGAUUUCCGGAACAAACAGCAGGAGUUGUAUGACAAGAGCGUGUCCACAGGACAGUGGCUGAUAAAGGACUCGGGCGAAUUCAAGUAUUGGGUCAAAAAGGAUCCUUGUCACCUUCGAUGCUACGGAGAAGCAGGCACAGGCAAGACCCAUCUCUGCGCUCUGAUAGUGAACCAUCUGCAGCACACGCAGUCGUCUUCACCGGUCAUCUACAUUUACCUGAGUGACGAGGAAGACCGCCAGGGGCUCCAGACGCCGGUAAAUCUCCUAGGCAGCAUGGUGCAGCAAUUGCUCAGGUUUCAAGACUCUACUGGUCAGCCCUGCAAGAUACCCACAACGCUCAGGGACGCCUACCACAGUCGUCUUCUGUCCGAGGCGAUCCUUAAACAGUCGUUCGAGGAACUAUUGAAGACGCAUGAUAGGGUUUACCUGAUUGUCGAUGGGCUCUAUCAAUGUUCCGAAGACGCCGUGAAAAUUCUGAAAGCGUACCCGCUCGACCUGAUCAGGAAAAAUUAUAACUUGAGCAUUCUCACGACAUCUCCUAGCGACCGACAGGCAGUCAACCAAAUCAACUGCGAUGGAUGCGGAUGCAGGGAGGAAAAGCUCACCAUAUACUUUCACUGCUCCGACAACGACCAUGACUAUGACCUAUGCCUGAAAUGCAAAGAAGCCGGUUUUUCCUGUCCCCUUGGCCAUAAAGAUGACGUGACCAACGACACCAUUCGCGUCGAAGUACGAGCCCGGCCGGACGAGAUUGAGCAGUUGUGCAUCCACAGGCUUCGGGAGGCCGUCGACCCUGGUUCUCGACGGUACGAUCGGCGUCAAUUUGACCGUGCAUGGAAGCCCUCUGGUACGGCGCGAUUCUUGCAAUGCCACCGGGACAUGAUUCCGCUGGUUGCUAAGAAGAUAGAUUCCCACUCUCAGAAAAACUUCCUCGUUGCUCAGACUUGGAUUGACUGGCUGCUGGAACCAGAUAAAAAUCCGGGCAACAGUGGCCAUCUCCUGGAGCUUCUGGUUCAAAUCCCGGUCACCCCGUUGGGGGUGUAUGUAACCGGAAAGAUCGAGGGGAUCAAGCGCCGUGGGAUAAAACGUGAGGAAAAGCUGGUAUUCAAUACAUUUAUGUUGAUGAUGACUGCCCGUCAACGGCUGAAUAUUCUAGCACUGCAGCAGGCGUUGGCUCUUGGGGGUGACUCAGGCGUGAUUCGACAGGAAAGUCUAGACGACCGUGUGUCGAUCCUGAAAGCUACAAACGGGUUGAUUCUCAUUGAAAAGGCCGACGAGAAGCAUGCAUAUGUGGACUUCUUUCAUUGGACCCUACCUAAAGUCCUCAAGAGCUGUGCUGAGGGCACGCCGUUGAGAAAUGCCAAGUCGAAGACGGCUCUCCUCUGCCUGAAGUAUCUCAGGGAUCCUGACUUCGUAAGGCACUGUGCAGACAGCGUCGCGUACCCAUUUGCGUCGUAUGUUCUGGAGCACUGGGGAGACCACGUUCGCAGCGCCUGUAUGAAGUUUAAUAAAGACAGCGAAGAGGUUGAGUCCAAAGCGAUGGCAUUUCUGACAGACGACAGUAAUGUCAGAAUGAUAGUUAAGGCCAUGGCGCUACUCAAGGGGGAAAGCUCGCCGUCGGCCUGGAUCCACGACGGCAUUAACGUCUUUCACCUAUGUGCGUGGUAUGGCUUGGAAGAUAUAAUCCGCAAUCUGAAAGCCAAAGGGUAUACCAUCAAUGCACCCGAGAAUCAGCGUCGUUGCACUCCUCUGCGAUAUGCGUGCGUUAGGGGCCACCUGAAAACUGUCGAACUGCUCUCGUCGGGACUGCCCGUAGACGACGAUACUAUUGCCGUUGUAGCUGGAACAUCAGCAGAUCCGUCAUAUCGCAAACUGAAUGAGCGCAUGGAGAUUGUAAACAUGCAGUUGAAGAAGCGGAAUCUCACCCUCAACUACAUGUUCGACUUUGGAUAUACAACAAGAACCCUCCUCAUGUACGCAGUCCAAUUCGAUCAUUAUGGCUUCGCUGGAAGGCUUCUGGCGGAGUCUGUCGACAUAAACGCUCGAAACAGAGAGGGAUACACCGCGCUUUGGAUCGCUGUAGAUACAUGUCCGGAAGCAGUACCAGAAAAGCCUCUAAAGAAGCAGUCCAUGAUAGUCUCAUUGCUCUUACGCUAUGGCGCCAACCCCAACUUCAUAUACCGGAACAAUACUACAGUUCUCGCGCAUGCAGUGGCAAAGAAAAAGGCGCUCGCUGUUGCUGCCUUGCUUGAGUGCGACGCCCUUGAUCUGCAUGCAGAGAAGAACAUCAUGCACAUCGCAAGCGCAGCUGAUUACUCUAAGAUCAUCCCGCUAUACUCCGCUCUGCUGCAGAAAGGAAUAUCAUCUAUAAACACUGUCGACAAAAACGGACUAACACCACUCCAUUAUGCUGCUCUAUCGAAUGGCAACCACGCAGCGACCACUGCCAGGACAUUACUGAACUACGGCGCAGACCCCGAGAUGCCCGAUGAGCGGGGCUGUACACCGUUCACACUUGCAUCACUGCUUGGCAAUACAGAGACCAUGCGAGUCCUAUCUCCAGGCGAAGACAUCGAAAGACCCGACCUCACGCUCAAGUCCUCGGGAGCAAAGUCGCUGAAAGACCUCCCCGCACUAGUCCUCGCGAAACACGGUCACUGGUCCACUCUCCAUGACGUGAUUGUCGAUAAUGGAGCGAGUAGACCAGACCUCGCGCAUAAGGAUAUCAUCACUAGCGUCACACUCCUACACCUCGCAGUUCGCGCAAAACAGUUUGAAAUACUAUGCUUGCUGCUUGGAGACACACCUUCGUCAUCCCGCACUGUCAAGGUACUUCAUCGUCUCACUACACGCGUGAAACAGCUCGUGAUACCACGUCUGCUGCUUGGAUCCUCAUAUGCAGCAUCUGAAUCAAUGUACAAAAUCUUCCGAGGGCAGAUCUGCAAUGGCAAUGUUGAUAGCAAGGGUCUCACCCCACUUCAACUCGCGAUCGGGAUGCAAGGGAUAUACCCGAAUAUCGCGAACCUGUUACUUGACUACCACGACCUCAACUGUGUUUGCGGUAGUAACAAACAAAGCACGACUACUAGAGAUCCGAGCCGUGGCAAUGGACCGUCUUUUUCCGUCGCUUCUCAACCCAAUGGAACCAUCUUGGGUUCGCUCGAAAAGCCAUCAUCACCGCCAGAGACUGGAGUCGGUUUUAGCGUGAAGCUCGAGCGACGUCUGUUCAGUGUACAUAGUAUAUUGAUGGUGAUGGUGUUGGUUUUGUCGAUGAGUUCGAUGUGGGUGAGACCAUGGGAUGGGGGUGGACAGGGACAGGGGAAAGAGGAUUAGAGCACUUUGAGGCAAGCCAGCAUUCCACGUACCCUAAUUUCUUUCAUUUUUCUGUUUAGUUUUCGCAUUCAGUUUUUCUUUUUCUAUGUGGAAAGCACUAGUCUGUUACGCUAAGCAGACGGUGUGGUUAAUUAUAGUCGCAAAUGACAAUGCAAAAUAUCCGGGGUUAUUUUCUUGGUC